UGACGUGUAAGCGAGCCGCUUCGUCGAUAGGUUAGGUCGACGAAAGUCGUGUGGCCGUGUCCGGGGGGGGACAAGCUCUCUCUCGUUUUUUCUUUCUCCUAUACUCUCGUUCAAAGCAUCGUGAGAUCAUGCUCGAUCUUUUCACGAUAUUCAGCAAGGGUGGCAUAGUGCUCUGGUGCUUCCAAAGCACGUCUCAGAUUUUCGCGCCCAGCGUCAAUGCCCUGAUAAGGAGUGUCAUAUUGCAGGAACGUACAGGGAACCACAUUUUUGAGCAUGACUCCUUACGACUACAGUAUAAACUCGACAAUGAAUUCGAGUUGGUAUUUGUGGUGGCAUAUCAGAAGAUACUGCAGUUAUCUUAUGUGGAUAAAUUCCUGAAUGACAUCCAUUUAGAGUUUAGGGAUCGCUUCAAGAAUGAGCUCGAGAACUCCAACUGGUUCAGCAACUUUGAUUUUGAACAAUCCUAUCAUAUAGUACUGGAACGGGCUGAACACUGGUCACGCUCACAGGCUAAGAUACCGAAGCAAAUGCGCACUUUUGAUGAGAGUCAGAAAUCUAAAAAGACUGUCGCUAGUAUGAUUGAGAGAAAAGACGAGAAAGACGAUAGGAAACAAGGUAAAAGGAAGAAAGUGAAUAACUGUAAUGGGGAUUAUCACACAAAAAUUCAAGAUGUUCCAAAACAGGAAUUGCCAAAACAACAAAUGGAACAUAACGGGGAACUUAAUGAGGAAACACUAAUCGCCAAUCGUAUAAAGCUCGCUCAAAAAAUGGCGGGGCAAAAGAAGAAAGCUGACAAACAGAAAAGUCCUAAACCUGAGAAAGCUGGCAAGAAACCACGCAUCUGGGAAUUGGGUGGCACUACCAAGGAUCUUGCUACACUAGAGCGAACUAAAGAUAAACCUGAAGAGAAUGAUGAUUAUGUGGCAGCCAAUACAGCUCUCGUUGGACAGAUGAAAGGUAGCAUACGCGAUCUCGAAGUGAACAGCGAAUCUGAGGAUAGUUCCGAUCAGGAGGAGAUAGAGCAGCAAUCCAAGCAGCAAGUACAGAAGAAAACGAGUAUGUUCUCUAUGUUCAAGAGCUUGGUUGGCAGCAAAUCUCUAAAGCAGGAUGACAUGUUGCCUGUUUUGGAGAAGCUAAAGGAUCAUCUGAUCACUAAGAAUGUCGCCGCGGAUAUCGCGCAGAAGUUAUGCGAUUCUGUCGGCACUAAACUAGAAGGGAAGAUACUCGGCACCUUUGAUAGUGUGACAAACACCGUGAAGGCCACCCUAACAGACGCUCUGGUACAAAUAUUGUCGCCCAAGAGGAGAAUCGAUAUUCUACGAGAUGCUUUAGAAGCGAAGAAAAGUAACAAGCCUUACGUGAUGACCUUCUGCGGUGUCAAUGGGGUUGGCAAGUCGACAAAUCUGGCAAAAAUCUGUUUCUGGUUAAUAGAGAACAAUUUUCGCGUACUGAUAGCUGCAUGUGAUACAUUCCGAGCUGGUGCUGUCGAACAAUUGAGAACGCACAUGCGACAUCUGAACGCUCUACAUCCACCAGAGAAACAUGGAAAUCAGUCGAUGGUGCAGCUGUAUGAAAAAGGUUACGGUAAGGAUGCCGCGGGUAUUGCCAUGGAAGCGAUACGCUUUGCGAAGGAUUCCAGGAUCGACGUUGUAUUGGUCGAUACUGCUGGCAGAAUGCAAGAUAACGAACCGUUGAUGCGAGCUCUGGCAAAGCUGAUUAAAGUAAACGAGCCAGACUUGGUAUUAUUUGUCGGGGAAGCUCUCGUUGGUAAUGAGGCUGUGGAUCAAUUGGUGAAAUUCAAUCAGGCUUUGGCAGAUUAUAGUCAAUCCGCCAAUCCUCAUAUCAUCGAUGGUAUUGUGUUGACGAAAUUUGAUACAAUUGAUGAUAAGGUCGGCGCAGCUAUCACAAUGACAUACAUCACUGGUCAACCUAUUGUUUUUGUUGGAACCGGCCAAACUUACACCGAUCUAAAAUCAUUGAAUGCCAAAGCAGUGGUACAUGCUUUGAUGAAAUAAAAAAUGUUAUGAGCAAUAAUAAGCCUCUACAGGUAUCUUACCUGUAGCAUAUAUAAAUUUCAUUCUUUGUUACACAUUGAUAUUACAAUUAGAGUUUUUGUAUUAUAUUUGGGACUAAGUUAUAUGAUUAAUUUAUUUGACCAAAUCAACAGAAUGAAAAGUGAAGAAAAUAUCAAGAAUAGAACAAACUAACUUGGGGCCUGAUAAAUAAAUACGAGAACCUGACUAUAUAGAAUUUUGCGAAAUUGUUGUGACAUGCUGUUGUUACAUAAAUUUAAAAAAUCUGUUAUUAAGGAAAAGGAAAAAAGGACUAAUUGUGCUUUUAAUUUGCGAUGUAUUGCAAACGAUUGUAUUUGUCAAAUAAAGUUGGAUAUUUUACAGUUUAAAAA